CUUGAGAAGCGAACUGUUUAUUAUGUUUUUAGAUUGAAAAUGAUUUUAGUGUUUAGAAAAAUUCGACUUUGUAGAAACUGUGCUAGUUUGCAUAAAAAAUUUGAACAUUCAUCAUGCAGCGCUGUUUUAUCUGCAAAACUAUCAACAUACCUAAAAAAGAAUGGAUCAGUUAAUUCAGUUCGUGUGAAUGCUUUUAGCCAGUUUUCUGCUACAGAACGCGGAGAUUUUCACCAAUAUGGAUUGAAAUCUGAAUCUAUCAGCAGCACUCCACCUAAAAAUGCGCGUGUGGUUAUCUGUGGCGGAGGAAUCAUGGGGGCAGCUGUGGCGUAUCAGUUGGCCCAACGAGGAUGGGGCCCACAUACGGUUAUAAUUGAGAAAGGUCGUAUCGGUGAAGGAAAUCUUUGGCAUUUUAGUGGAUUGUUGGGAGAGUUGAAACCGACCUAUUCCCAGGUGCUUCUAGCCCAGACAUCGUUGGAUCUGAUUAAAGAGUUCGACCGGAAAGGUUUGCCUACUGGGUGGAAACAAACAGGCUCAUUAAACUUAGCUCGGACUCGGGACCGGAUGACGGUGUUCAGAAGGAUGAAAUCGCAAUCUGUGGCAUGGAACGUUGAUUGCGAAAUUAUUUCACCGGAGCGGUGUAAAGAGUUGUGUCCUAUCAUAGAAAUCGAAGAUUUAAUGGGUGGAUUAUGGAUACCAAACGAUGGCGUUGGUAACCCAAACGCUUUCUGUCAAAGUUUGGUUUCUGAAUCACUCGAAAAGGGUGUUACCGUGGUUGAACAUUGUUCUGUCACGAAAGUUCAUCAGAAAGAAGGGAGAGUAAUGGCAGUUGAAACCACAAAUGGGCCUGUGGAAUGUGUAUAUUUCGUCAACUGUGGCGGAUUCUGGGCACGUCAAGUUGGACAGCUAUCUGAGCCGUACGUAAAAGUGCCGCUUCAUGCAGCAGAACAUUAUUACAUGCACACGAAACCGAUGCACGAACUCGGAACGAGUAUUCCAGUAGUAAGAGACCUCGAUGGUCAUGUAUACUUUCGAGAGAACGAUGGAUGUCUUCUCGCAGGAGGAUUCGAGCUGAAGGCUAAACCAGCAUACGAGGACGGUGAUGUUCCUGUGUCCAUAGCGGAAAGAAAGCUUCCAGCCGAUUGGGAUCAUUUCUAUCCCUUGUUGGAGGAAUUGUUGCGCCGUAUCCCUUGCUUGAAAGACGCAACAUUAGACCGACUGUCCAAUUGCCCGGAAGCGUUUUCACCCGAUUGUAUGUGGAUUAUAGGAGAGGCACCGGAGAUACAAAACUAUUUGGUCGCCGCUGGAAUGAAAACAGUUGGAAUGUCAGCUGCGGCAGGAGUUGGACGUGCAAUAGCGGAUAUUAUAACGCAAGGCUAUUCUUCGGUCGACUUACACGAAUUAGAUAUAUCGCGCUUCCUAGGAUUACACAACAAUCGAAAAUUCUUGAGGGACCGUGUCCGCGAGGUUCCAGGACUGCAUUACGAUCUUUGCUACCCGUUCUAUGAGUUUCGUACAGGACGAAACCUGCGAAUGUCACCGAUUUUCCCUGUUCUAAAAGAGGCAGGAGCUGUAUUCAGUCAGGUCAUGGGAUACGAAAGACCAGCAUGGUUCGACAAGAAUGAUUCCUUGGAUGAAAAAGGCAUCCCCAAAUUCCGAAUAGCAACAACGAAUGGUUUCGGUAAACCACACUGGUUCGAUCAUGUUCAGAGUGAAUAUGAAGUAUGUCGAGAACGGAUAGGUUUGAGUGAUUAUAGUACUUUCACCAAAAUCGAUCUCUGGUCGAAGGGAAGAGAAGUAGUCGAUCUGCUCCAGUAUUUGUGCUCAAAUGAUAUCGAUCAACCGGUUGGUUCCAUUAUUCACACAGGAAUGCACAAUCGUCACGGAGGUUACGAAAAUGAUUGCUCGCUGGCGAGACUAUCCGAAAACCAUUAUAUGAUGAUUGCGCCGACCGUUCAACAGGCUAGGUGUAAAGCAUGGAUCGAUCGUCAUUUACCGGCAGGUGGCAGAGUCAGUGUUUCAGACGUAACUUCUAUGUUUACUGCCAUCUGCGUGAUGGGACCUUUUACACGGAUAAUGCUAUCGGAGCUGACCGAUACUGAUUUGGCACCAAAGAAUUUCCCUUUCUUCACAUGUAAAGAGUUAGACGUAGGACUUGCUAACGGAAUCCGAGCACUGAAUUUGACACACACUGGUGAACUGGGAUAUGUUCUAUACAUCCCUAACGAGUUUGCGCUACAUGUGUACACAAAAUUGAUGGAAGCAGGCCAGAAAUAUGGCAUCAAGCACUGUGGGUACUAUGCAAUGCGAACACUGAGAGUGGAGAAAUUUUUCGCCUUUUGGGGUCAAGAUCUGGAUACUUUCACUACCCCACUAGAAUGCGGUCGAAUGUGGCGUGUAAAAUUUGAUAAAAGCGUGAAUUUCAUCGGUCGUGACGCUCUUUUGGUGCAACGCGAGAAAGGUGUACAACGUAUGUAUAUUCAAUUAUUGAUCAAUGAUCAUGAUGCUGACAUUGACCCUUGGUGUUGGGGCGGAGAACCAAUCUAUAGAAAUGGUUCUUACUGUGGGCAAACUACAACGACUGCAUACGGAUUUACAUUUAAAAAGCAGAUUUGUCUUGGCUUUGUACAAAACCUUGACAGCAACGGCAAUCCAAUGCAGGUGACGAAUGAUUAUGUGCUGAAUGGUGACUACGAGGUAGAAGUUGCGGGUAUCCGAUAUCCCGCCAAGGCAAAUCUACAUUCGCCUAAUUUGCCCACUAAAUACCCAGACCAGGAACGUGAAGCUUACAAAGCUACGCGUGACAAAGCGGAAGAAUCAAAUCUGCUAGCGCAUAAAAAGAUGUAACUGCUUUGUCAGGCAUUUACUUUAAAUUUAAUCCACCUUCUAGGAAUGUUGAAGUGCAUUAUUAAGUUGUAAAGAGAAAUAAUAAUAUUUUACACUCUCAUUUAUAGUCAUUUACAUUAUAGACGUUGGUCUUCCUAGCUUCGUUUUCAUUUGAUGUAAAGUGCUGUGAAAUUUUGAUAUUUACAUAAAAAGCUGUUUGGAAUAUUUUAACUCGAAUAAACGCAAAUAUGUAUUGUUGCGCACGAA